GGGGGUGCCAAGUGCCCACCGUGUUGCAGGGGGCCGUGGAGCCCAUGCAGAUCGACGUGGACCCCCAGGAGGACCCGCAGAAUGCGCCCGAUGUCAACUACGUGGUGGAGAACCCCACUCUGGACCUGGAGCAGUACGCCGCCAGCUACAGUGGCCUGAUGCGCAUCGAGCGGCUGCAGUUCAUCGCUGACCACUGCCCCCCGCUGCGCGUGGAGGCCCUGAAGAUGGCCCUCUCCUUCGUGCAGCGGACCUUCAACGUGGACAUGUACGAGGAGGUCCACCGGAAGCUUUCGGAGGCUACCAGGGAGCUGCAGAGCACACCGGAUGCCACCGCUGAAAGUGGUGCGGAGCCACCGCCUCUGGACACGGCCUGGGUGGAGGCCACUCGGAAGAAGGCUUUGCUGAAACUGGAGAAGCUGGACACAGACCUAAAGAACUACAAGGGCAACUCCAUCAAGGAGAGCAUCAGGCGCGGCCAUGAUGACCUGGGUGACCACUACCUGGACUGCGGGGACCUCAGCAAUGCCCUGAAGUGUUACUCCCGGGCCCGAGACUACUGCACCAGCGCCAAGCAUGUCAUCACCAUGUGCCUGAAUGUCAUCAAGGUCAGCGUCUACUUGCAGAACUGGUCUCACGUGCUUAGCUACGUCAGCAAGGCUGAGUCCACCCCGGAAAUUGCUGAGCAGCGUGGAGAGCGGGACAGCCAGACCCAGGCCAUCCUUACAAAGCUCAAGUGUGCGGCAGGUCUGGCUGAGCUGGCUGCACGCAAGUACAAACAGGCAGCCAAGUGCUUUCUGCUGGCCUCGUUCGACCACUGCGACUUCCCCGAGCUGCUGUCCCCUAGCAACGUGGCCAUCUAUGGUGGCCUGUGUGCCUUGGCCACCUUUGACCGGCAGGAACUGCAGCGUAAUGUCAUCUCUAGCAGCUCCUUCAAGCUGUUCUUGGAGCUGGAGCCACAGGUCCGGGACAUCAUCUUCAAGUUCUACGAGUCCAAAUACGCCUCGUGCCUGAAGAUGCUCGAUGAGAUGAAGGAAAACCUGCUUCUGGAUAUGUACCUGGCCCCCCACGUCAGGACCCUGUAUACCCAGAUCCGGAACCGCGCCCUCAUCCAGUAUUUCAGCCCCUACGUGUCGGCUGACAUGCACAAGAUGGCCGCAGCCUUCAACACCACGGUGGCGGCCCUGGAGGACGAACUUACACAGCUCAUCCUGGAGGGGCUCAUCAGUGCCCGCAUCGACUCCCACAGCAAGAUCCUGUAUGCCCGGGAUGUGGACCAGCGCAGCACCACCUUCGAGAGGUCUCUGCUCAUGGGCAAGGAGUUCCAGCGCCGCGCCCAGGCCAUGAUCCUCAGGGCGGCUGUGCUACGCAACCAGGUCCACGUCAAGUCCCCUCCCAGAGAAGGGAGUCAGGGGGAGCUGACACCAGCCAACAGCCAGUCUCGGAUGAGCACCAACAUGUGAGGACGGUCCCAGGACACCUGUGCCCCCCCCGGUCCUGCAGACUCGCUCCCAAGAGGAACCCCAGCUCAAAUGCUGCCCCGCCACCCCCCCCCCCAUGCUGGGCCUAGAAGGCAGGUGGGCUGCCAACUAUGGUCCUUUCUCGAGGAGGGGCCUGCAGGGCUUGGCUGUGGGCUCCUGCCCCAGGGCAGACUGGGCACCCAGCCCAGCCCCUCUGUGCUGUCUGGGGCCCACGAAUGGCUGCUGCACGGCUAUUAAAGAGUAGGUUGAAUGUG